CCAUAACUGACCCAAGUUUCCCUCCUGGAUUCAUGCCAUGUUCCCGUGUUUCCCUGCCGAUGCAACAGCUUCCCAGCUCGUGGUUUAUUGGCUUCCAUCCCGAAUUUUGAUCCCGGAUUCCAUCAAACGACAUGGCAGAGUGCCGUGCAUGGUUUUCUAACCUGAACGAGCGCUCAGCUAAAGUACCAAUUUGCCUAAAUCGGAUGCCCGUCACGGAUCCCACUCCCCUUGGCAGCCCAGGGCCAUCCUUGAUUGGUCCAAUAUAUAUGAACCGCAAUGUUCGGCUUUGAACAUCGUCGACACGCCCAUCAUUUGACGUCGUGGCCGGCAAACAAUUGGAGCGUUUGCUCGUUGCCCUCCAGUGUACCUGGUUUGACCAAACGCCUCAAAUCCGGGGCACCCAACACGCUCAAUCACGCUAAUUGAUGCCCCCCCUGGUCGCUUUGAUCCCAUCUAUAUGUUUAACAUGCCGAAUUUCAUUGCCUGUAGCCCUCUGCUAUGAGGGGACUGGCUUUGCUCAAUCUCCAUGGAACCAAAAUCAUCUUCCCCCUGAUUAACGUCGUUUGGAGGCACACUUGGACCGUAGAUCACCGUCACUACCAGCCUCCAUCAGCUUUCUCGCCACGUUUGUUCACAUUCAGACCAGAGGUAUAUAAGUCUGCGCGAGGAAGUCUGCUUCCGGACAGCACCACAGACGUUCCACGCCUUCUCCUUCAGCCCUGCACUAUACCAGUUGCUUCACCAUGAUCUUCUCAACGAUACUCACGCUGGCGGCAUCCGCCACGGUGGCCAUGGGCGCCUCGCUGCAAAGAGUCAACAGUUUCGGCGCCAAUCCUACCAACAUUCAGAUGUACAUCUACGUACCUGACAAGCUGGCCACGAACCCUGCCGUCAUCGUCGGAUUGCACCCGUGCGGAGGAAACGCUCAGCAAUGGUUCAGUGGCACCAGGCUACCAUCAUACGCCGACCAGAACGGAUUCAUUCUCGUUUACCCAGGAACGCCAAACUACUCCAACUGCUGGGAUGUUCAAAAUGCCGCCAGUCUUACCCACGAUGCCGGCGGUGAUGCAAAGGGUAUCAUCAGCAUGGUCAACUACACUCUGUCCACCUACAAAGCCGAUCCCGCCAAAGUCUACGUCAUGGGCUCUUCUUCCGGCGCCAUGAUGACCAACUUAAUGGCUGGAACGUACCCAGAAGUCUUCGAGGCUGCAUCUGCUUACUCUGGUGUCGCGCACGCCUGCUUCGCUGGAUCAACCCAACCACCGACACCCUUCAGCUCCAACCAGACCUGCGCUCAGGGACUCCAGCACACCCCAGCUGAAUGGGGCAACUUUGUUCGCAACUCGUACCCCGGCUACACUGGCCGCCGUCCUCGUAUGCAAAUCUGGCACGGAAACGCCGACACUUUGGUGCGCCCCCAGUGUGCCUCUGAAGCGCUCAAGCAGUGGUCCAAUGUUCUCGAUCUCUCUCUCACCAAGACCAACACUGGCGUUCCUUCUUCGGCCUACACUGAGCAGGUAUACGGCGACGGGACGAAGUUGGUGGGAUACUUUGGUGCAGGUGUUGGUCACACUGCUCCCGUCAACGAGGUUUACAUGUUGAGGUUCUUCGGCCUGAUCACUUAG